CAAUCCUCUUAUCUCUCUCUCUCUCUGUUCUCUCUCUCUCCCUCUCUCUCUCUGUUUCAAGUCUAUUCAAAACAAAACCAUUUUUUUCCCCUCCACACGGACACAAAGUAGCUACACAACACCAUGUGUCAUCCAACUCUUGACGUCACCAGCAAUUGCAAAUGCUGCAGCACUUCUCCUCCUGAUUGCCCAAUUUCAAUCAAGGACCCUUUGAUCUCCAAAAAUCAAAACAACAACACAUCAUCACUACCACCACCUCCACCACCUCAACAACAUAACAACACAACAACAACAACAACAAAAACAAAAACACCACCACCACCACCACCACCAUCAACAACAACAACAAAAACAAAAGCAACAACAACAUCAAAACCCCAUAAUUUCCCUGAAUCCAUCAAAGAAGUGUUCUCAAUAUCCAAAAUUGCAAUCCCAAUGAUCCUCACUGGCCUCCUCCUCUAUUGCCGCUCCAUGAUCUCCAUGCUCUUCCUUGGCCAUCUUGGUGAGCUAGCUUUAGCUGGUGGCUCUCUAGCUGUUGGCUUUGCGAACAUCACUGGCUACUCAAUCCUCUCAGGCCUAGCUGUGGGAAUGGAACCAAUUUGUGGCCAAGCCUUUGGUGCCAAAAGAUUCACCCUCCUUGGCCUCUGCUUGCAAAGAACCAUUCUCCUUCUUCUUUUCACUUCCCUCCCCAUAACACUUCUUUGGCUCUAUAUGAAGCAAAUUCUCCUCCUUUGUGGCCAGGAUGAGGCCAUAGCCACACAAGCUCAACAAUAUCUUGUUUACUCCAUUCCUGACCUCAUAGCUCAAUCCUUCCUACACCCUUUGAGAAUUUACCUCAGAACCCAAUCCAUUACCCUCCCUCUCACCCUUUGUGCAAGCUUUUCAAUCCUCCUUCACAUACCCAUCAACUAUUUCCUUGUUGCUCACCUCAAGCUUGGAAUCAAAGGGGUUGCUCUUGGUGGGGUGUGGACAAACUUCAACCUUGUGGCUUCCUUGAUUCUCUACAUAGUCUUCUCUAGCACUCACAAGAAAACAUGGGGUGGUUUUUCCUUUGAAUGUUUCACACAGUGGAAGUCUCUUCUCAAUUUGGCCAUUCCAAGCUGUGUUUCAGUGUGCUUGGAGUGGUGGUGGUAUGAGAUCAUGAUUUUGUUGUGUGGUUUGUUGGUGAACCCCAAGGCUACUGUGGCUUCAAUGGGGAUUUUGAUUCAAACCACUUCUUUGCUUUACAUUUUCCCUUCUUCAUUGAGCUUCAGUGUGUCAACAAGAGUUGGCAACAAGCUUGGUGCACAGAAGCCCUCAAAGGCAAGGCUUUCUGCCAUCGUGGGGUUGUCUUGCAGCUUCAUGUCAGGUGUUUUGGCAUUGUUUUUUGCUCUCAUGGUUAGGAACACAUGGGCUAGCAUGUUCACAAAGGACAAGGAGAUUAUAACUUUGACAUCUAUGGUUUUACCUAUAAUUGGUCUUUGUGAGCUUGGGAAUUGCCCUCAAACAACAGGGUGUGGGGUGCUGAGAGGCACAGCAAGGCCUAAAGUCGGUGCUAACAUCAACUUGGGAUGCUUCUACCUUGUGGGAAUGCCUGUGUCAAUUUGGUUGGCGUUUUUCACUGGCUAUGAUUUUCAAGGGCUCUGGCUUGGCCUUCUUGCAGCUCAAGGGUCUUGUGCAGUGACCAUGUUGGUGGUUCUUUGUAGAACUGAUUGGGAAUUUGAGGCUCAAAGAGCUAAGAAACUCACAGGAAUGGGUGUUGAUCACAACCAUCAUGAGGUUGAUGAUCCAGAGAAGCCACUCAAACAUGAAAGCAAGGAAGAUUCUUUGCUGCUAGCUGACUCUGAUGAAAAUGAACAGUGAUUGGUUUAAUUGAUCAACCACCCUUAAAGAGAAAACAAAAAAACUGAAGAGCGGAGGAUAAGAUAUUUCGUAAAUUUGUCUUUAACUGUAUAGGGAAGUAGGGUAGAGACAGAGGAUAACAUUUUUAUAUUUAUGAUUUUUAGAUAACAUUAGAUGCAGUUCCUUACGUGCUUUUUUUUGUGUUGUUUUAAAAUUAUAAUCGGAGUUUCAUUUCAGUAAUUCACCUAAUACAAGUUUACAUUUAAAAAAAUAGUAUAAGUCACCGAUGUGAAACUCCAAUUUUGAUUAAAAAAAUAAUACUGAAAGCACGUAAGGAAGGGCAUCUAAGUUUUGUCCUUUAAGAAAAUUCACUGGGGUCCCUCUCCUCUUGAGGACUUCUGCUAUUUCCAGUAAAAUUCAAUUGCAUCUUGCAGGGCAUUGAAUGUCAUGGGAAGUAGGAAAAUGUGGUGUCCAGGAGGAGUAACCAUUAUUUCUGUAACGUACUCUUUUUUGUUCAGCUUUACACAGAAGAAGAGAAGAGACCCUCAUUUCAUGAUUUAUGCUUAUUACCACUGACUAGUCUGUUCCUCUAUUUUCUACCUCAAUGCAUUCACCUUUUGUCUU